GGAACAGUUACGCUUACAGUAUAUUUAUCCCUUAGAUCAUUAUCAUUCAGGGGUCAGAUCUACCCGUCAUGUAUCUACAAUAGUCUUCAGGCUAUCACAUCGGACCGGCGUCCGAUCGACCCGCGGCCAAGGAAAUCCCAACCCAAGCCCGAGGGUUUCACUUCCAAACACCCACUAGUCACCGCCACUCUAUCAAACAUAUACCUCGUGGCCCGACAGCCUCACCAUUCCUCUCCAAAAGUUUCUCUUCCUUCACGCAGACCUUAUCUACCAUCUUGCUUCCCAUCUUCAACAGAUGCGAGUCUGAUAAUCCCUCUGCGCGACCAGUAGGUUGUUGCAAACCCCCAUCGUCGCCUUUAUCGCCGCCACCGACGCUGCGCUUUCCCCGCAAUCAGUCGAUAACAAAGCCGAGAGCGUGCGUCACGUCGCGCGAACCGCCACCAACCAUGCAUCCCCUACGGCUUCUCUUCUUUUUCGUAUUCGGCAUCUUCAGUUUCGUCAUCUUACUCGGUAUCGGCCAGUCGCCAUCGGAAGACGAUUCCGAAGAUGACCAGCAGAGAAAUCCUGGCCCAUCGUUCGACUGGCGCGCGCCUUCGUCGUCAUUGUUCCCACCAUCCGCCGUCAUCAGUCUGACCGAUGACAACUCCACCUUCUUCCUGGCCCGACCUGCAGCGUUUGGCCCGUUGUUGCCCACCAAGAGCUUGAGUGGUCAGUUAUGGAUCGGAAGUGGAUUCGGUGAUGAUCAACGGCCAGGGCGAGGAGGAGGCGGCUUCAGCGCCGGUGCCGAGGGAGAAUUAGGUUGCAGCGAUGUUCCUGGCUGGUACGACGGGGACUAUCUGCCUCGCAUCAGCAGCAACAGUGGGAAACGCACAGGCGCAGAUAUCUGGAAGACAAGUUCAAGUCCACGGAUUGCGGGCAGUGCUGGAUCAAGGAAGCAAUCGACGCCUGGGAGCGAUGCCGACUCAGAACUUGACGAUCGGUCAACGACACCAGCCGAGAGAGAUGGUACAGACGACCAUCUCCAUCAUCCUUUGCCCGCUUCUGGUGGCAUCAAGACCAACGGCGAGUCCCUGCGCGGAAGCAGCAUAAAGACGACGCACGCAGACAUUCAAUCACUACAGGAGAGCGCCGAAAUCGCUGGCAAGAUCGUAUUGCUGAGCAGAGGAGGUUGUGGAUUCUUGGAAAAGGUCAAAUGGGUACAGCGUCGAGGUGGCGUUGCUUUGAUCGUUGGUGAUGAUGUUCGCGGUGGUCAAUUGGUGACCAUGUAUGCGCGCGGCGACACCUCCAACGUCACCAUCCCUGCACUCUUCACCAGCCACACGACAGCGCAUCUGCUAUCAAGCUUGAUUCCCGCCGAAAAGGGUGUCCAGCCCGGCCGACAAGAACAAGCUGGGUCUAACAAACCUGAUGAAUUUGCGACAUCGGACUCCGCAGAGCGAAAAUCCGACACAAGCUCAAUCGAAGAUAUGACUGCGCUCGAAGUUCCUCAGAGUUGGUUCCGCAGUCUUUUUGGAUUGUCUCCUAGGAAGUCUCUGAGCUACGGCAGAAGACCACCCAGCAGCGGCUCGCGAGAGUGGAUCUACCCCAAUGGCAAGGAGGACAACCAAGGAGCAGGUGAUAGCGCACAAACUUCCACCGGAUCUUCGAAAGCGUCCCCUGCGCCUGCUGCGAAGAAAAUUGACGACGGCUUCGUGAUUGGAGUGCACGAUUGGAGAGACCCUGAUAUGGUUGCCCAGCAAUCAGAGGAUCGGCAGAGAUCAUCGGGCAGCGCUGCGGCUUCAACCGAGGCUCGCACGGUGCAAAACAGUGCGCGCAUCGCAAAGGAUGGUAGCAGCACUCCUGCAAGUGGUAUCUCGGAAUCAUCUGCAGGAAAAGGCGACGUCUCUGACGAGGCGACCCGGGAAUUUGAAAAUCAACGCGCAGGCGAGAGCUAUGGAUCAUCUCUCGGUCGACUGUUCCGACACUUCUUUUCUGAAAGUCAUCCGGACGUGUAUGACGUCGAUGUGAAGGAUUCUUCAGAUCAGCUACACGACAGCAGCUCAACCAAAGCACCGUCACGGCUGACGCAACACAAUCCCCACAUGGCCCAUGUAUCGCCUGCACAACAAGAUGAUGACGCUCAACCUCAGCUACCACCACAUCGCGAGGGUUUAUGGAUCACCCUUUCUCCGACCACAAUGUCCUCCUCACCUUUCUUUGAUACCCUUCUCGUGCUUGUUGUCUCGCCGCUUGUGACCUUGACGGUCGUGUAUGCAUUACUUCUACUGCGUGCUCGAAUCCGCCGACGCCGCUGGCGAGCACCCAAAUCGGUUGUCGAGCAAUUGCCCGUGAGGACAUAUCACACCAUCCCUCCGAGCACGGCGAACACAUCGCCCACCGCUUCCGUCAUCCUUUCACCUCAUCCUGAGGCUAACGAUGAUUUGAUUGCUAAUGCCGAAACACCCUUAUUACGAUCUUCCACUUCUUCAUUGAGAAGCAUCAAUUCCACUUCAUCUCAAAACCAUCAUCACCACCAGCAUGCCCGAACGGCGCCCGGCGAGUCAACCACCGACCAGGAGCACGCCGAAGGAGGCGAAUCACCCACAUCACCGCUCCUACGUUCAACAUCCGCAUCUAUCCCGACUGCAUCAAGACCAGGACAGGAACGACCCGCGCUCGCAUCUUCCUCAAACACCACCUCCAGCGCCGCGGCCCUCGCCGAAUGGCGGCGUCGCUACGGCGGCAAGCAGCGCGAAUGCGUCGUCUGCCUAGAAGAAUAUAUCGACGGCGUCAGCCGCGUGAUGAGUUUACCCUGCGGUCACGAAUUCCACGUGGAAUGCAUUACUCCUUGGCUCACCACUCGCCGCCGCACCUGUCCAAUCUGCAAAGGAGACGUCGUUCGCUCCCUCGCCUCCUCAUCCCUCUCGCCCAAAUCACCGCCACCACCCCCAUCCUCCUCCGCCACUUUCUCCGCUGCUCUCCCGCCUCCUCGGCGACGGAGACCCUCCUCUCCUCCAUCUGCGACUAUCAUGCCGGCGCAGUCCCAGCACUCCUUAACAAGUCGGCGCGACAACCCGGGCCACGACAGAGUCGUCGAAACGGAACUCGAAGACCGCAAUGCGUUCGUCCUUUCAAACCACAAUCAUCGCGAUGAAGAUUUAAAUCCUACAUCAUCUUCAUCUGCGACGGCUUCAACGAGAGCCGCAGCGCCGGUUCGACCAUCGACGACGGCCGAGCCUCGAAGAACGGUUCUCCUCAGCCGCGAUUUCGAAGCGGAUGAGGAUCUUGAGCGAGGGAGUGCUGCCGUCAUUGGUAUCACGGGGCAGGAAGAUGCGGGGAGGAGCGAGAGUCAGCGCAGGAAAAGUCGUUGACUGAUGCAUGAAAUGUAAAAGGAAAUGAAUAUCGGAAUGGAGUUUGAUUAGGGUUUUGGGCCGGUGCGAUUUUGUUCGAGGUCCUCGGCGGGGAUUGUCAUUCUGGCUCUGCGUUUGUGCUUUGGCGGUAAUUAUGACCCUUCAAAUUUUUUGCUCUGCUGAGGUCUUUGGGAAUUCUUCCUCUGAUUCUUAUGGUUUGUAUGAAUGAAGGAAUGAAUUUGAAUCAAAUCGAAUUGGACGAUUUCGACGUGUGUGUAUAUGCGUGGCGCGGACACCCCGAAUACAGAUUUUGCCCGU